CUGGACGAACAGCUGGACGAGCAGCUGGACCAGCAGCUGGACGAACAGCUGGACGAUCAGCUGGACCAGCAGCUGGACCAGCAGCUGGAGGAAAGUUGUGUCUAAGUUUUGUGUUUCACUGACUGCUGCUGCUGUUGUAGAAGGAAGUGGUCAUCUUCUCAGGGCGGCAACUUCAUGGCGGAGAGGAAGAGUGAGGACCAGAACAGCCCCUGUCACCGUGACAACAGAGAGCUCAUGGGAACAGGCCGGGCCAGAAGGCCUCCAGAGACUGGAAAACUGGCAUGGAGACGGUUCCUUUGUGCAUCUGGACCCACAGGAUGUAGGCGCGGUUGUGUGGUGCCUUGCUCAGAGGCACGCUGAGCGAGAUGAGAGGGCUGUGAGCGUUACCCAGGAACAUGCUGAGCAGCUCCUCGUCCUGCAGCAUGAUGGCUCCUUUCACCAGAUACUCAAAGUAGGAGUCGACCCCCGCUCCGAUACCCGCAUCCUGAGCAACCCACUUCUUGUCAAUGUGGUUCCCCACCUGGACAGAGAGACAGACAGGCAACAAUUUUCGAGCAGCGUCCUCGGCCAUCAUCAGCAGCGGUCCUGAACAGGGCCAACCGGGCUCAAGGUCCAUCCCUGCACGUCCUGCUAACAGAUCUUACCAGAAGAGUGUCGAGAGCAUCAAUGAGAUGUCUCUGUGUUACCUGACAGCAGCCAUCUCCUCCUCAGUGAACUGACGAGCCGCCGCAUCGCUCAGCAGCCAAACUGACAGGGUCACACACACGGGAGCGGGAUACAGGAAAUUGAAUAAAACACGAAGUGAAGGAAACACACGAGCACAGCCGCAACACACAUCAAAUGAACAGAGAGCAAACAACGAUGGACGUAGUUCUUCUGCUCAUCAUGGCUGCACCAGGGCUGUGUGCUGUCUCAUCACAUGCUGAACGUCAGUUCCAUUUUAUUUAUGAUCCGAAGACCAUGACUGAAGCACAAAGUUACUGCAGAGAGAAAUACACGGACCUGGUCACUGUACACAACAUGGAGGAUGUGAACACCCUGAACAACAUGGUGGAUUUAAGCAGAAUUAAAAACACACGUUACGGCCGUCACAUCUGGAUAGGUCUUUACGAUGACCUGGACAGCUGGAGGUGGUCACUGUCAGACAGAAGUUUCUACAGACCCGGAGAGACAGAGUUCAGACUGUGGGGUCCUGGACAACCAGACAACUAUUUAGGGAACCAAAACUGCACACUGAUUGAUCGUCUGGGACGAUGGAGGGACAUGAGUUGUGAAAGAUCUUAUCCGGCAAUCUGCUUAGAUGUCAGAGGACCGAAUGUGACAUUUGUCUUGAUCAACAUCCCGAUGACAUGGACUGAGGCCCAGAGCUACUGCAGAGCAAACUACACAGACCUGGCCAGUGUGAGGAACAUGGCAGAGAACCAGAAGAUACAGGAUCUGGUACCUGCUGGGGGCCUAGCCUGGAUCGGACUUUCCAGAGACUCCUGGAAGUGGUCGGAUGGAAGUGACUCCACAUUUAGCUUCUGGAAGGCUGGGCAGCCUAACAACUAUGGGAACAAUCAGGCUUGUGUGUUUGCACAAUUCAACUCCUCUGGACGAUGGUGGGACGCUCCCUGUGAGUGGCAGAUCCCGUUCAUCUGCUACAGUCCACUUCCAAAGCAAGAGUUGAAAUUGUUCAAACUGAAGGUGGAGAAAAGCUCCUCUGCGGAUCUGGACGACCCUGCUGUGCUGGAGAACAUGUUGCUGACGAUCAAACAGAAGCUGAAGGACCAGGGAUUGGAUGAGAACAUCCAAGUGAACUGGAAGAAGCAGCCUGAUGGAAAAGUCUUCUACAAGGAGAAGAAGACGAAGGAGGAGGAGAAGACGAAGGAUGAGCUUUAAUGUGGAAUCUCUGUCUGUUUUUCUUUCUUUCCUCUAAGUCGUCAUGUAACGGCUCAGAAUAGAGCUGAACAAUCAGCUGAUUAGUCGAUUAGUCACAACUAUUCUGAUUUGAUGCUUUUCUUUGUUAUAUAUGGUCAUGAACUUCAUGUCUGUGUUCUUUAGACUGUUGCAUUUAUCUGCUUGACCUGUGGGAUAUAAUGACAGGCAUCUUUACUAUGUUCUGACAUUUUAUAUGAUUAGAUUAAAUACAAUAUGAUAAGAAACUAUAAGAUAAAAUAAGAUUUCACUGAAGGCAACUCCAGUGGAAAAAUCACCAAUAAAAAAGAUGACGUUGUGAAGAAUCUUUAAAAUCUAUUUACAUGAGAAAGAUAAAUAUUUCUUAAUUUGAGAGUAAUAUUGCAUCACAAAUGUGUUGUUGUCUCGCUGUUAUGUCUCAGAAUAUCUUAAAAGUAGUUUACAGAAAGAUAAUUACAUGUAUGCUGAUUAAAACAAGACAUUUAUUAUUCAUCUGCUUUGUUUCUGGGGUUUUAUAACAGGGAACUUUUCUAUUUUCUGACAUUUUAUAGAUCAGAUAUGAUUAAAUUAAUAGGUAAGAUAAUAUUGUAAGAAUAAAAAAUAAAUACAUUUUAAAAAAUGACCUUUAAUGUUAAUUGUAUGUAUUAUUCUUAUGCUGUCACUUUGUUAGAGAUGCAAACAUGUGACUUUUCUUAAGUGACUGUAACAUCUUCUAAGAUAAAAUGCUAAAUCUCCGCUGGUUCCAGCUUCUUAAAUAUUAAGACUUGAUGCUUGUUUUGUCACAAAUGAUCAUGAACUAAAUAUCUUUUGGUUUUGAAAGUGUCUUUGGGGGAAAUGUCAUCAUGAAAUAAAAACUAUAUCCAAUAAAGUAAUGUUAUU